AUGUUCCAGAAGUUUAACCCGUGUCAUAAUACUCUUCACAUUCCCGUUCCAGUUUGCCCGUGGCAGCGCCUUUUGGCCGGGCCUGCUGGACACGUUCGUUACGACACCCAACGCACUCUUCUGCUUGGGUCAGUGGUCGUCGCCAGUACUGAACUCCUCUUCCCACGAGACACGAUGCACGCGACCUCGAUAUCGAUGAUGGAGCAACCACCACGGCCAGGCUGGAACGACGAUAGAGCGCCGCUUCUCAUCGGCGUGACCGCUGGGUGUCUAACCCUCACGCUCGUGUUCGUGGUACUCCGCUUCUACGUACGAGCCACCGUGAUCAGGAAAUGGGGACCGGACGAUUCCCUGGUCGUUAUCUCAUACAUUCUGACCCUGAUCACAGGCGUCGUGUUCUGUGUCUCUGGCUGGCUGGCUGACCCCGGCAAAACAAAAGGCACAACGGUCGGCCUCGGGAAGCACAUCUGGACGAUUCCAACAGAGGUGCAGCAGGCGGGUCGUAGGUUGAUUAUCUCGGCGACUUUGAGCUAUCAGGUCACCUUCAUCGUGAUCAAGAUGGCCUUCCUCCUCCAAUACCGCCGGGUCUUUGCCCUGCCAAAGUUCGUCCUGUGUUGCGACAUCAUGCUGGGCUUCAUCAGCAUGUUCGGCAUCGCCGUCGUCGUCUCGUCCAUCAUCAUCAGCGCCCCGAGCUGGAGGGGAGACACGUUCGCGCGGGAGCGCAAGCUGAGGCUUAAGCCGAUGCAAAAGGUCGCGCUGAUUGUUAGUUUCGGGCUUGGGUUUGUAACAACAUGCAUCUCUGUCGUCAGAAUGUCGACGCUGCCACACGUCUUCACAAGGGACGUGACUUGGGACGUCAUUCCGGCGCUGGUGUGGUCCGAAAUCGAGCUGUGCUGCGCCGUCAUCUGCGCAUGCAUACCGACCCUUCGGCCUCUCAUGCGCGUUGCCAAAUCGACCCGAACGCAGCGUGAAUACGACCGCCAGACGUCGGGGGCAAGCGGCGAGGCACGUCUCGCCCGAAAGCCGGUCGACGGAGGGACAUUUGGGAGUCAAAGUCAGCAGAGCCUCCCAAGCCCGAUGUUUGUGGACAUCGAGCCUUGCAUGGACCCAAGGGCGGAGCCCAAGACGCCGUCAAUCGUGUCGUACAGCGACAACAUUGUGACAACGACACUGGAUAUCAGCCCGGCGCUGACGGCAGGGGGGUCGGACGAUGGAUCGGAAGAGUUUGGGCCGGCAGACGUGGAGAUUUCGACGCCGUUGAGCCCGCCGCCGCAGUGUUAUGCCAGUCCGGCCAGACUUCUGCCUCGGUCUCGAGCAGCUUCUGAGUCGACGGUUGAGGAGUGA